ACGCCUCUGGAUAGGUAGUUUGGUUCGGUCAGGAGACUAAAAAGACUGUUUCUGGUGAAUGAUGCGUGACGGUUUUUAUGUAAUUUACCCCAAAAUAAAUCAUUGUGGUUAGGUUCAGUGAAGUAAGUAAUGGAAGUCAGAAGCGAGAAGAGGCUCUUGACGCCUGCACCGGGAUAACGCAAACCGUGGAAAUCAGUGUUACUUCAAGAAGGAAAGGAUUACAGUUACUGUAAUUGGACCGAUUCUCAAGCCAGAAUGUCACUGAAUCGGGUUUACACCGGUAUGGACAAAGAACAACCUAACGAGAAUGGACACGGGCACGGAACGGCUAUAACGCACAGGGUAACCGUGCGCAAGUCCGGUUGCUGCCUGUGUCUCCCGCGCGUAAUGCGACUAACCUUCUCGCCAGAAUCCCUCGAGCUGCUCUACCAGAUAUAUUUCAGAAGGCAGCGGCAGGAAACCCUCCUCGUGCUCAUGAUGUUUGCCGCCCUUUUCAACUGCUACAUCAUCAUCAUGUGCGCGGUGGUGUACUCACAAGAAAAGUUGGCAAUGAUUGUAGUUGCGGCUGUAGGUCUGACCGCGGAUAUCGCACUUUACACAGUUUGCCGUCUGGGCAAACUUCCCGCAUCUCCGGUUACCCGCGACGCGGUCCCCUACUUACUCUGGCUGAUGAUAGCCGUGCACGUGCUGUGCUACUUGGGUCUGAACUACCAGAGUUUCCCGCGGUCGAGCGAUGCUGUAGGCUGGCAGAUGUUCUUCUGCUUCUCGUGCUUUCUCACCCUGCCGCUGAAGCUCGUGCCCCUGCUGCUGCUUAGCACGCUCUCGUGCGGGAUUCACACGCUGGUUCACGGCAUCACCAUCAUGCGCAGUCUCCAGGACAACCUGAAGGGCACCAUGCUGGUCAGACAGCUCCUAGCUAACCUGGUUCUGUACGUGUGUGCGGUUGCCGUGGGCGUGGUCUCCUACUACAUGGCCGACAGGAAGUACAGAGCUGCCUUCCUGGAGGCACGACAGUCGCUCGAGGUCAAACUCACCCUGCAGGACCAGAGCACCCAGCAGGAGGAGUUGUUGCUGUCCAUCCUGCCUAAGCACAUAGCAGACGAGAUGCUGCAGGGGAUGCAGGAACAGAAGGACACGCAGCAGCAGUUCAACACCAUGUACAUGUACCGCCACGAGAACGUCAGCAUCCUGUUUGCAGACAUCGUGGGAUUCACCCAGCUCUCCUCCGCCUGCAGCGCCCAGGAGCUGGUCAAGCUGCUCAACGAGCUGUUCGCUCGCUUCGACAAGCUGGCCGAUAAACACUACCAGCUGAGGAUCAAGAUCCUGGGAGACUGUUACUACUGCAUCUGCGGCCUGCCUGAUUACCGUGCCGACCACGCCGCCUGCUCCAUCAUGAUGGGACUGGACAUGGUGGACGCCAUCUCGUACGUGCGUGAGACGACCCAGACGGAGGUAGACAUGCGUGUGGGCGUGCACACAGGCACCGUGCUGGGGGGCGUGCUGGGGCAGAAGAGGUGGCAGUUUGAUGUCUGGUCCACCGACGUCACCGUCGCCAACAAGAUGGAGUCUGGAGGCAUACCUGGGCGUGUGCACAUCUCGCAGAGCACCAUGGAGUGUUUGAGUGGAGAGUUUGAGCUGGAGGAGGGAAACGGAGGGGAGAGGUGUGAGUACCUCCUGGAGAGAGGCAUCACCACCUACCUGAUAUGCGACCACGCCAAGCCCCAACCAAUCAGAGACCACGCCAAGCCCCAACCAAUCAGCGACACAAAGCCAGUGUCCAAUAGAAACUCUCCCCAGCUGGUGAACACCAAGGUGACCAAUGGGAGCGCAGGCUCUGUGCGGCCCCCACACUCUAAACAGGUGGCGAGCCCAACGGGAAACAAGAUGGCAGACAGGAAGCAGACGAACAACCAGGAGAGCGAACAGGAACUCAACAAGCUCCUGCAUCUGCAGCUACUGGAGAGAGAGAGCCAGGAGACGGCAGCCUCCCAGCGCUUCAGCCAGGUGUCUCUGCGCUUCCUGGACGUGGGCCUGGAGGAGCGCUACUCUGCUGAGAAGGAGACCCAGAGUGGCCUGGCCUUCUGCUGCUGCUGCCUGGUGCUGCUGCUGGCUGCUGCCAUGCAGGCGCUCAUAGACCCCCUGCUGGUGGUGAACUAUGUGACGCUGGUCAUCGGACAGUGUCUGCUGCUUGUCCUCACCAUCUGCUCUGUGGCUGCAGUCUUCCCCAGGAAUUUCUCCAGGAGGCUGGUGUCGUUCUCCAUGUGGAUCGAUCGGACGCGCUGGGCGAGAAACGUCUGGGCCAUGUCGGCCAUCUUUGUUCUCACCAUGGCUGAGAUAGCAGACAUGCUAAGCUGCCUCCAGUCCCCCCAACCUCUCCUCAACACCAGCGCUGGCCUCAUGCUGCAGUCGCUAGGCAAUGAAGGAUGCGCCCAAAACCCCAAACAUUACAGCAUCAUGGCGGUGCUGUUGCUCGUGGCAACCACCAUGCUGGUACAGGUCAGCCACUUUGUCAAGCUGGGGCUGAUGCUGCUGGUUGUCGUGGCGACGGGCGCGGUCAACAUCUACAGCUGGAGGGACAUCUACGAUGUGUAUGACAUCAUGCUGUUCUCCAGUACGUCUCUGCUCCCUUCCAGGUACCUGAUGACCAUCAUGAUCAUCAUCAUGAUGAUCAGCUUAUACUACUUUUCCCGGCAUGUGGAGAGGCAGGCUCGCAGGAUGUUCCUGUGGAGGAUAGGGGUGCAGGAGCAGAAGGAGCAGGUGCUGGACAUGAGGGAACGUAACGAGGCCCUGGUCACCAACAUGCUGCCUGAACAUGUGGCCAAACACUUCCUGGGUACCAAGAAGAGAGAUGAGGAGCUGUACAGCCAGUCGUACGACGAGAUCGGGGUGAUGUUUGCCUCCAUCCCUAACUUCUCAGACUUCUACACGGAGGAGGGCAUCAACAACGGGGGCAUCGAGUGCCUCCGGAUCCUCAACGAGAUCAUCUCUGACUUCGACAGCUUACUGGACAGGUCUGAGUUUCUGUGCAUCACUAAAAUCAAGACGAUCGGCAGCACCUACAUGGCCGCUUCGGGCGUCUCCCCCGAGAGCAACACCAACGGCUACAGCAACCGCAAGCUGGAGGACCAGGUGUUGUUGGAGCGCUGGAUGCACCUGGCCGCCCUGGCAGACUUCGCUCUGGCCAUGAAGGUCACGCUGGCCAACCUCAACAGCCAGUCCUUCAACAACUUCAUGCUCCGCAUUGGGCUGAACAAAGGCCCAGUGCUGGCGGGGGUGAUUGGCGCCCGGAAGCCUCACUACGACAUCUGGGGAAACGCAGUGAACGUGGCGAGCAGGAUGGAGUCUACUGGGGUGAUGGGGAACAUCCAGGUGGUGGAGGACUGCUACAACAUCCUGAAGGAGUACGGCUUCCGUUUCGUCCGCAGGGGGCCGAUCUUCGUGAAGGGGAAGGGGGAGCUGCUCACCUUCUUCAUGAAGGGAAAAGACAAACAGACAAACACAACGACCAUCACCACCCUGCCACACCAAGUCCUGGAGCGCUCCUGACAGGAAAUAAAUUAACAAAUCGUGUUUUUUUCUGUAAAAAGGCCAACAUUUUACUCUCUCAGACUAAUAUGUUUAUGCAUAGACAUCUUUAAGCUAUUGUUAGCUCUGUGUGUCCUGUUUCUGGAAACUGACAUGGUUUAAAGAUUAAACUUCAAAACCCGUAAGGUUCAUACUCACAAAUCACUCUACUCAUAAAUCCUGGUCUUGAUUCCAACGAAUCUUUGCAAAAGUGUUAUUGAUUUUUGAUAAAUCUCCAUUGUCUAAUCCCAAAGUGGUCAGAAACUUUUGAAGAAAUUUGAUUGGUGCAGAUGUAUAACAGAGAGGGGCUGUGUAAUCAUUGCUAACUGUUUGAGAAAAAUCUAAAAAUGCAUAUUAAUAUAAAAUCAUCCACCCACAAGUUUAGUUACACAACUUUUAUACAUCUAGAAAUAGCAUAGUCAAGGUAAGAGCUAACACAGUAAGCGUCUGAAGACUUCGAACACUGAGUAUAUCAGCGAGUAGAUACAUCAACGUCAAGAACUAUUUCAUAGAACUGCAUGACUAUCAAUAUGCUCUAUUCUCUCCGGAUCAGCGCUAAGAUUUUAAACAGAGAUAUUAUCUGCCAUACUCAUUUAUUUCAAACUGAUGAGCUCAGGUUCUGUACUAUUUUAGGUUAUGCUUUAUUUAUUUAUUAUUGAAUUAUUAAAAUGUUUGCCUUAAAUGUUUCGUUGUUUUUAAUUUAACGUUCAGUUGCAGUCCUGCUCUUGGCCUCUGAAUGUACUCGUUGCUCUCUGAAUUGGUCUUUACAGAUCUAGGACAAGAGUAGGCCAUUAAAAGCUCUUUCUCGUCCUAAAUCCUAUUUUAGAAAGGGAGACAUACCUCAUUUAAUUUUCGACAAAGUUUAAAGAAUGUAGGUUGAUUAUCAGAGAUGGCAGAUUAAGUAUCUUAUGGUCAACACUCUUGCUUUAGGUAAGUGCACUAUUCGCUGUCAUCGCUGAUAUCCAUGCUGAAGCAGUGAUUCCUUUCUGAGGCACUAGGAAAUAAUCGGGAAUUAUGUUGUCACAUAAUGCCUUUCUA